UAGUGUCAUUACCCUCAUUGCAAAGCAACAUGGUUUCAUAUCUUUAAAGCCAGUCCUCCUUGUUAAGCAUCUGUAACAGGGAAAAGAGAAGCAUCAUUCAAAACCGUAAAGGCAUACAAGAUUGACGGCCAACUUUGAACAAAGAGUUAUGUCAAUACAGAAACAGACUUUGGAGCAGCAAGAAUCGCAAAUGAUGCACUUGAAGAAUUCUGGAUUGAUCAAUUAUACUGCGAGUCCUUUACUGAACGAUGAAAAAGAAGAGGAGAUGACGAGAUCAGCUCUUGCAGCAUUCCAUGCUAAGGAAGAAGAAAUCGAGAGGAAGAAAACUGAGAUCCGAGAGAAAGUCCAGGCUCAGUUAGGCCGUGUUGAGGAAGAAACCAAGAAAUUGGCUGAAAUUCGUGAAGAGCUUGAAGCUCUGACAGAUCCAAUGAGGAAGGAAGUUUCACUUAUACGUAAGAAGAUUGACCUGAUUAAUCGAGACUUAAGGCCAUUGGGACUAAGCUGCCAGAAAAAGGAAAGAGAGUACAAAGAAGCCCUUGAGGCUUUUAAUGAGAAGAACAGGGAAAAGGCUCAGCUGAUUACCAAACUAAUGGAGUUGGUAUCGGAAAGUGAGAAACUGAGGAUGAAGAAACUGGAAGAGCUGUGCAAGAAUAUGGAAUCCCUUUACUGAGAUAUGUUAACAGCACGAUUCAAGAAUUCAUUGAUUGCAAUUAGUACUGUAAACAUUGAAGUUUAUUGUUAUUGUUGGUUUCUGUCUUUGUAUUUUCUAAUUUGUUCUUUGAAACUUUUCUUCUGGAUUAUGAUUUACAAUCCCUUUAGUGAAGUUUUUAUCAAAUCCGAGAUAUAUCCCUUAAAUUUUA